AGAAAAUGUGUGCAUAGACGUCUGAAUUUCCAAAUUUAACUGCAAAAGCAGGUACGUGGCCCAAAGAUGUUCAGGUUGUGGCGUGUCUGCUUUGUGAGUACUUUACUGAUACAUUCUAAUUUUGCUGGUGUUUCUGGAACAACUGGAAGUAAUGGAGCAGUACUGCGGAUGAGCAGAACAGCACUGAAUAAAGCUGUUUCAGGAAAAAUGAGCGGAAGCAGCUCCCAGAACAACUUGCAAAUGCCUGCAGGGGCUGGUGGAGGUGACCUUGUGGGAGGACUUGUUGGUGGUCUUCUUGGUGGUGGAGGUGGCGGGGGCCUUUUAGGGGGUGUGUUAGGUGGUGGUGGGGGUGGUGGAGGACUUCUUGGUGGCAUACUUGGAGGUGGUGGAGGUGGUGGAGGUGGUGGCGGUGGCCUUCUUGGUGGUGUUCUUGGUGGUGGUGGUGGUGGUGGAGGAGGACUUCUUGGAGGCAUCCUUGGUGGAGGUGGUAGUAGUGGGGGUGGUGAUGAUGGCAGAAGAGGUGGUGGGCUUCAUGGAGGAGCUCAUGGUAAUUCUGGUGAAUGGGAUGAUCAUAGUAACAAUGGUCCUCAACCCAAUGGAGGUCUUCUUGGAAGUGGUGGAUUGCUUGGUGGCUUGCUUGGAGGCGGAGGUCUUCUUGGAAUACUUGGAAAUGGUGGCCUAUUAAACACAGUGCAAGGCCUCACUGGUUUGCGCAUUAUUGAUCUUACACUCCCGCAAAUAUCUUUGCGCCUGCUGCCAGGAAUCGGCGUCCACCUUAACUUGUACACAAAGGUGGCUAUCAAUGGAAAAAGUUUGCUAGGCUUCCUUGACAUCUUGGUUGAAGUUAACAUAACGGCUCGAACUAGACUCACUCAGGAGGCAUCAGGUGUACCCAGGCUGGUUAUUGAAGACUGCCAGGCACUACUUGGUGGAAUAAACGUGAGAUUGCUAAGAGGGUUGCUCUCUGGAAUUGUGGAUGGGCUGGUCAGUAAUCUCCUCCGAAAUAUACUUCCUGGCGUGUUGUGUCCGGUGGUGAAUGUCGUUCUUGACUUGACUAAUGGACUUCUGCUUACGGCAAAUUCUUUGGUUCCCCUUGGCCUAUUAGGAAGUAUCCAGUACACAGUAUCGAGUCUUCCCAUAGUGACUGGGCAGUUUAUUGAGCUGGAUUUAAAUACAGUGGUGAGUCAAUUAGGUGGUGGACUCAUUGAUUACCCCUUGGGCCAGUCAAUGAUGCCAAUCUCCAUGCCACCAAUGAUGGAAGCUACAGAAGCUCAGCUUGGGCUUUCUUCCAACUUCCUUGGCUGUGUUCUAACUGCUCUACAAAAGGAAGGCCUGAUGGAUUUAGAAUUAUCUGAUGGAGACAUUCCUGGGAUUCCACCUCUCACAACUGCCGUCAUUGGUGGCGUCAUUCCAAAGGUUUCCUCAAUGUUCAAAGAAACACAACUUCUGACCCUCAAGAUCAGAGUACCCUCAGCUCCCACCAUCAAGCUGCAGAAGAAUCGUGGAAUUGUGUCUUUAUUCGUUAAAACAGAAAUCAAUGCUUUAAACUCGAACUCAAAAAAAACUCCUAUCUGCGUCCUUGGGGUGGACGUACGCUUAAGCGCAAAGUUUUCAGUGGGUGGAGAUAAACUGAUUAUCUCCCUGUCUGUUGACAGCACUCAACUUUCCAUAUUGUCUACGUCAGUUGGACGCUUUGAUGUUUCGGUACUAGGUGGACUCGUUGGGAACAUCAUCAGCUUUGCCUUCCUGCCAGCAAUUAACACUGUUGUAGGACAAGGAAUUCCUCUUCCAAAACUGAUGAACAUUGACUUUAAUGAUGCCAACAUUGACAUCCUGGAUGAUCUCGUGGUGCUUUCUUCAUAAACCAACUAGGUAAAUAAAACUCAGAACAUCGCCGUGCAGCUGUCAGUCCAGGCGU